ACUUCCGCGUUCGGGGAGCAGCGAUCAGCCGGUGACAGAAGCGCAGAUCCGGUCCAGUUCAGCUCCGUUCAGCAGUUAUUCAUUCAUUCAGUCCGCCGUUUACCGGAGGAGAACACGCAGACAUGUCCUACGAGCUCAAGCGAGUGUUCGCCAGCCUGCCUCAUAUGGAGAGGGGCGUGGCCAAAGUCCUGGGCGGAGACCCGAAAGGAAACAACUUCCUGUACACCAACGGCAAGAGUGUGAUCAUCAGGAACAUCGAGAACCCUGCGAUCGCUGACGUCUACACCGAGCAUCCCCAUCAGGUCAUCGUGGCCAAAUACUGUCCCAGUGGCUUCUACAUCGCAUCGGGCGACGUGUCAGGGAAGGUGCGUAUCUGGGACACCACACAGAAGGAGCACCUGCUGAAGUACGAGUAUCAGCCGUUCGGCGGGAAGAUCAAAGACAUCGCCUGGACUGAAGACAGCAAGAGGCUGGCGGUGGUGGGGGAGGGGCGAGAGAAGUUUGGUGCAGUGUUCCUCUGGGACACCGGUUCUUCAGUGGGGGAGAUUGUGGGUCACAGUAAGAUCAUCAACAGUGUGGACAUCAAGCAGACGCGUCCGUAUCGGCUGGUGACCGGCAGCGACGACAACUGCACCACCUUCCUGGAGGGCCCGCCGUUCAAGUUCAAGUGCACCAUGACCCUGGGAGGAGAGAAGGCUCAUGAUGGAGGGAUCUACGCUGUGAGCUGGAGUCCUGACAGUACGCAGCUGAUCUCCGCAUCAGGUGACCGGACAGUGAAGCUGUGGGACGUGGGCAGCGGGACGAGCGUCUCCACCUUCAGUCUGGGCUCGGAUGUUCUGGAUCAGCAGCUGGGCUGUCUGUGGGUCAACAAACACCUGCUGAGCGUCUCUCUGUCCGGAUACAUCAACUACCUGGACAGAAACAACCCCAACCGCCCGCUGCGCACCAUCAAGGGUCACACUAAGUCCAUCCAGUGUGUGACGGUCCACAAGGCGGACGGACGGACGAGCAUCUACUCCGGCAGUCAUGAUGGACACAUCAAUUACUGGGAUGCGGAGAGCGGGGAGAACGAGGCGUUCGUGGGUAAAGUGUGUGUGUGUGCAGACGGGAAGGUGCAUCUGUAUUCUGUUCAGGGAAACACACUGAAGGAUGAUGGGAAGGCGCUGGAGGUGCAGGGACCCGUGACGGACAUGUCUUACUCUAAAGAUGGAGCGUUUCUGGCGGUGACGGAUGAGAAGAAGGUGGUCACGGUGUUCACCGUCGCCGAUGCGUACAAGGAGAAGAGCGAGUUCUACGGGCAUCAUGCGAAGGUGGUGUGUCUGUCCUGGUCUCCAGAUAAUGAGCACUUCGCCACCAGCGGGAUGGACAUGAUGGUGUACGUGUGGACAGCCAGCGACACUGAGAAGAGGAUCAAGCUGCCAGAUUGUCACCGGCUGCAUCACGUCAGCGGUCUGGCCUGGCUGAACCCCAACACACUCGUCACCACAUCUCACGACGCCUGCAUUAAACAGUGGACUCUGAAAAUCUGAGAAUCUCCUCCUCCUGUCUGAUGUUCCACUCUCCUCCUCAACAGCUCAGACGCUCUCGCAGGAAAACAAGCGCAACAAUCACACACACACACACACACACACACACACACGCACACAUACAUAUACAUAUACACAUAUAUACACGCACACAUCCAGACGACACACGCGUGACAUUCCAGAAGCAGAGCUCAGCGUUCCUGAGGCCACAGGGAGCAAUAAUGUGUGUGUGAGUGUGUGUGUGCUGUGUGUGCGUGUGUGUGUGCGUGUGUGUGUGUGUGUGUGAGACAGAGUUGCAGGCGUUCGUCUGGCAGUAUUGGGCUCUCUUCUACCCCUAUCAUGUUCAUUUACUGUAUUGUUGAUUGGAUGUCUCUGGUUAAUGUUUCAUUGGGUGGAUGUGAUUGAUGAUUAUAUUAAUAAUGAGAAUAAAACACUUUUUAUGCA